AUGGGUUGUGCAUCUUCAAAGGAAAAAGUGUGCCGGAAUUGCCAGGGACCUUAUUCUCCGGUCAGGCGUAGCUACUCAAUGCACGUGCAUCACCUGCCUCAAGAAACGGUGGAUAGCUACCACAUGGUGUAUCUUACUUCCUCCACUUUAGGUUCUUUGAAGCUUGAUGAUCCAUUGAUUCAUAGUCCUAGUAUUGAAAACGAGGAUUUGUUGAUUCAGAGUCAUUGUUCCAUCGAAGAAACUCAGGUCGAAAAUAAGGAAAUCGAUAAAGAAAAGGCAGUGAAAGAGGACUUCGCAAUGGGGAUGAUUGAGGCCAAGACUUGGUCUAAAAUGAUCAACGAGAAAAUCCCAAAGAUUGUUCCCAAAACGCCCAUUAGGACGCCUCCUGGCGAGCCAGAAUUGAUCAAUGCUUGGGAGUUGAUGGAGGGUCUUGAUGACAUUAGUCCUCUUAGACCUCCACGUCAUCUGCGUAGCUUUUCCUUUCAUGUAUCUCAGAGUCCAAGUUUAUCUUCUCUAGACGAGCAACCAACGCCUAGAGUGAAAGAAAAUGGCGAAGCGCCGCCAAAGACUUUGUGGCUCGAAAUGGCUGAUAAUGAUUCGAGUUCGAAUGAUGCAUAUAUUGUCUCUGAAUUUGAUCCUGAAGUGAUUGCCACUUUCAGAAGAGCACUCGAAGAGGAUCUCCCGCCGGCCAGUCCAAUUCAUCUCAAGGAUCAGGCCUUGGUGAAUAAGAUUGCGCCACGUGGUACAGACAAGUUGAUAGUGUAUUUCACAAGCCUAAGAGGGGUGAGGAAGACAUACGAGGAUUGUUGUCAUGUUAGAGUGAUUCUUAAAGGGUUAGGUGUUAAGGUUGAUGAGAGGGAUGUUUCAAUGCAUUCUGGGUUCAAGGAGGAGUUGAAGGACUUACUGGGAGAAGGAUUCAAUGCCGGUGGCCUGCCGAGAGUUUUCCUAGGGAGAAAAUACAUUGGCGGGGCUGAGGAAAUACGCCGGUUGAAUGAGGACGGAAAGCUUGAGAAAGUAGUCGAAAGUUGUCAAAUGGUAGACGAUGGUGGAGGAGGAGGAGGUGGAGGAUACGGUAGUGGAGUUUGUGAAGGAUGUGGUGAUAUUCGAUUUGUGCCAUGUGAAACGUGUUCGGGGAGUUGUAAAAUCUAUUAUGAGGAUGAUUAUGACGAUGAAGAACACGAUGAAGGUAUGAACUAUGAAGAAGAAUUGUGGUCAGCACAAUUUGUGCUGACUAAUAGACUUCGGCGUUAG